AUGGCCUUUUUCGCACGAGUGUCCGACCCUCGCAUUGGAGGCUCCUACAUGACCUUCCUGAACACCAUGGCAAACAUCGGAUCCCAAGUAUCUAGGUGGCCUCGGGCCGUUAGUUUGUGGCUGAUGGAUCCUCUUACCCGGAGAGACUGUACUGGAGUUAACGUGUCUGCCGGCGAGAAGUGCCCAGUAGUACUGGACGGCUACUUCGUGCAAGUUGGCGCAGGCGUUGUUUUAGGCCUCUGUUGGGUGGCGAUAUUUUGGCCGCGAGUAAAGCGGCUGCAGCAGGAGCCCCUCAGCAGCUGGCGGGUGUCGCUGACGGGAGCAGCAGCAGCAGCAGCAGCAGCAAAAACAGCAGCAGCAGCAGCAGCAACAGCAAAACCAGCGGAAGAAGUAGAACUCAAGUCCGCAGCAGCAGCGGGAAAAGUGCUGGACGUGGCCACGGCGAGCAGCAUCAGCAGCAGCAGGAGCAGCAGCAGCAGCAGCAGCUGCUUCUCAGCAGCAGAUAACAAAAAGCAAGAGUGA